ACCAAAAUGUCGAAGCCUACAGAGACAGAGCGGUGCAUUGAGUCCCUGAUUGCAGUCUUCCAGAAGUUUGCUGGGAAUGAUGGCAACAGGAGCAAGCUCUCCAAGACUGAGUUCCUCAAAUUCAUGAACACAGAGCUGGCUGCCUUCACGAAGCACCAGAGGGAUCCCGGUGUCCUUGACCGCAUGAUGAAGAAGCUGGAUCUCAAUGCAGAUGGGCAGCUAGAUUUCCAAGAAUUUCUGAAUCUUAUUGGGGGCAUAGCUGUAGCUUGCCAUGAGUCCUUCCUCGCCCAAAAGUGAAUCAGAAGAGCCCUUUGGCCUGCAGGCCUACCCGCUUCCCUCCCAGCCUCCCAGCCCCAUCCACUCCUCAUGGCUUCCACAGUUCUCAGCACAUGCGCCACCACACAGGCCACUCCUGUUGUGGUAAUAAAAGUAUCUUUUUAAAAAAA